ACCCCGAUCCCUUCCCUGCCCGCCGCCCCUCGAUGCCCCCUUCCCUGGCAGCUGCACCCUGCACCCGCUUCGCUCGCAGCUGCAUCUGCCGUGCCCCUUGUCUGUCAGCCGGCCCCGGUGCCCCGUUCCCUGGCAGGUCUCUCUUCCCCCGGUGUCCCCUUCCCUGGCAGCCGCAUCCCCCGUUCCCUCCCCAGUCCAGCACACCUCGUCCCCCUUCCCUGUCAGCCGGCUUUCCUUUCCUGUCAGCUGUGCCCCUGUACCCUCUUCCCUGUCAGCUGCCCGCCCUGUAGGCCCCAAACCCUUCCCUGACAGCUACAUCCCCACGUACCCCUUCCCUCUCAGCUGUCCCCCCUCACCUCCCUUUUCUGACAUUUCCCCCCACCCCUGUCUUUCCCAUCAGUUCCCCCCACCCCAGGCUCUGUCAGGUGUCCCCUUAUUUCCCCGAGGUGUCACCCCCUUCCCUUUACCAGGAGUCUGACUGCCUUUAAGGAUCUCUCCUUUAUCCAUCCUCCCACCCCAGCCCCUGACCCCUGUUUUCCCCAGGCCCUCUUCCCCCCAGCCCUGCAUCAUCUGCUGGUGCCCCCCCUGCCAGGAACAGCUCCUGCUUUCUGGCUUCCUUUCCCUGUCCCAGCCCUGGCACUGCCCUGUCCUCACAUUCCUCUCCCCUUUCCUGGGUGUGACCGUGCCCUGCUCCCUCCUCUGCUCGCUGUCCCCUGGCUAAAGCCUUCACAGAAGCGUUCCCUGCCCUGUGGGUGUCCUGCAGCCCCUCUCCUUGGAGAGGGGACCAGCCUCUCCUCCUUUGCAGUUAAACUCCUUCCUGGAGCUCCACGUGGGACUUGGCACUGGAGUGUUGCCUGUGCGGGGCUGAGGGGUUGCCUGGCGUCUUCGCUUUUUCCCGUGGACGUGCCAGCUGGGGGUCAGGGGUAACUGAACGCCCUCGGUGUGGAUCCUGGCCCAGCUGGAAUGCUUGGAUGCACAGCAGCUCUUCCCACAGCUUCUCUUCGUCUGCCCCACUGCAAGAAGAUGGCAAAAGCCAACAUCACCAGGGACAUCAUCCACAGGCAGAUCAAGGAGAGGGGAGCGCUGGGCUUCGAGCGCCACUACCAUGUCACCGACCCCUUCAUCCGCCGCCUGGGGCUGGAGGCUGAACUGCAGGGUCACUCUGGGUGUGUCAACUGUCUGGAAUGGAAUGAAAAAGGAGACUUGUUGGCCUCUGGCUCUGAUGACCAGCAUACCAUUGUGUGGGAUCCUCUGCACCACAAGAAACUCCUUUCUAUGCACACAGGACACACUGCAAACAUCUUUUCUGUCAAGUUCUUGCCGCACUCGGGGGAUCGGAUCCUCAUCACGGGAGCUGCAGAUUCCAAGGUGCACGUCCAUGACUUGACUGUCAAGGAGACUGUGCACAUGUUUGGAGAUCACACCAACAGAGUGAAGCGCAUUGCCACGGCUCCCAUGUGGCCAAACACUUUCUGGAGUGCAGCAGAAGAUGGCUUAAUCAGGCAGUAUGACCUGCGGGAGAACAGCAAACGUUCUGAGGUGCUGAUAGACCUGACUGAGUACUGUGGGCAGCUGGUGGAGGCCAAGUGCCUGACAGUGAACCCCCAGGACAACAAUUACCUGGCCGUGGGGGCCAGCGGGCCCUUUGUGCGGCUCUAUGACAUCCGCAUGAUCCACAACCACAGGAAGAGCAUGAAGCAGAGUUCCUCAGCUGGAGUGCACACGUUCUGUGACCGGCAGAAGCCCCUCCCGGACGGGGCGGCUCAGUACUAUGUGGCAGGGCACCUCCCAGUGAAGCUUCCAGACUACAACAACCGGCUGAGGGUCCUAGUGGCCACGUACGUCACCUUCAGCCCUGAUGGCACCGAGCUGUUGGUCAACAUGGGAGGGGAGCAGGUCUAUUUGUUUGAUCUGACAUACAAGCAGCGACCAUACACUUUUCUCCUCCCAAAGAAGUGCCACGCUUCAGGGGAAGUGCAGAAUGGAAAAACCUCUACCAAUGGAGUGUCCAAUGGGAUCCAUCUCCACAGCAAUGGCUUCCGCUUGGCCGAGGGAAGGGCACACGUGAGCCCCCAGGUGGAGUUGCCCCCAUACCUGGAGAGGAUCAAGCAACAAGCCAACGAGGCCUUUGCCUGCCAGCUGUGGACGCAGGCCAUCCAGCUGUACAGCAAAGCUGUGCAGAAGGCCCCCAACAAUGCCAUGCUCUAUGGGAACAGAGCUGCUGCCUACAUGAAGCGCAAGUGGGAUGGGGACCAUUACGAUGCUCUGAGGGACUGCUUGAAGGCCAUAUCCCUAAAUCCAUGCCACCUGAAGGCCCACUUCCGCCUCGCCCGCUGUCUCUUUGAACUCAAGUACGUGGCAGAAGCACUGGAGUGUCUGGAUGACUUUAAAGGGAAGUUUCCAGAACAAGCACACAGCAGUGCCUGCGAUGCACUAGACAGGGACAUCAAUGCUGCCCUCUUCUCCAAGAGUGAUAACGCUGAAGACAAGAAGGGGGGUGGCCCCAUCCGGCUGCGAGCCACGGGCCGCAAGGACUCCAUCUCUGAGGAUGAGAUGGUGCUGAGGGAGCGCAGCUACGACUACAAGUUCCGGUACUGCGGCCACUGUAACACCACGACAGACAUCAAGGAGGCCAAUUUCUUUGGCAGCAACGCCCAGUACAUCGUCAGCGGCUCGGACGAUGGCUCCUUCUUCAUCUGGGAGAAGGAAACCACCAACCUGGUGCGUGUGCUGCAGGGAGACGAGUCCAUUGUGAACUGUCUCCAGCCUCAUCCCAGCUACUGCUUCCUGGCCACCAGUGGCAUCGACCCGGUCGUGCGACUCUGGAACCCCAGGCCGGAGAGUGAGACCCUCAACGGCCGCGUGGUCGUGGACAUGGAAGGUGCUUCCCAAGCCAACCAGCGGCGGAUGAACGCGGACCCACUGGAGGUGAUGUUGCUCAACAUGGGCUACCGGAUCACAGGACUGACCAGUGGUGGGGCUGGAGGCUCAGAUGAUGAAGACAGUUCAGAGGGGCAAGUCCAAUGCCGGCCCAGCUAAAACAGAGCUGCCUCUCCUUCCUCUAAAUGUUUGGCUGAAAGGGAACCGAGUUUCCUUGGUCCUGAACUUUAUCUGGUGAAUGACUGCACUGUUUCGCACUAUGCACAGGGUAGGACAAGCUGGCAGGGACAGGAGCGGCCGUCUCUAAAUUAUCACCACCUCCUCCUCUUCCAUGGCAGUGCAGUCCGGGGUCUGCCUUUAGUGGAAUUUAGUCCCAGCAGGGGUCUUUGAGUUGUCUGUGAGCAGUGUAACUGGUGAUUAUUUUUCCAGAGCUGCUGUAUGAUCUGGUACAGGGGCUGUUGCCUGCAUUGCAGGGGGGAUGUUAAAUUCCUGAAUAAAAUACAAACCUAGGGCAGGGGUUAUGGAAUGAAUUUACUGCAGUGAUGUUGAAAGCUUGACUGUGCUACCAGCCUGUCUAGAGGCCCCUGGUUUACGGUUGUUGGCCAUGAAACACCUGUUUUGUCCCAGAACACCUUUCUUCUGGCUUCCAUCUCAGACACGUCAGCAGAUGUAGCUGUGCUGUAUUGAGGACUGGAGGCUGCCUGUCUUGUCCCCCUGUCAUAGCUGAGGGAUCAGUGAAGGCACUGGGUGUGUGCAGCUCCACGGGGCAAAACGAGCUUGCCCAGUUCUGAUACUCCCUCCUGUGGUCUCUGAGUCCUUGCAGGGAGGUGACAGCAAUGGGCACAGGCUAGAUCAGAGGCCCAGGACUUGUGUAGCUAAAGCUGCUGAGGAAAAGGGCAGGUGACAGCACCUCUCCAUUGCCCAAGGUGUGUAGCUGUGUUCGCUUCCUCUUCUCCAUGUCACCUGUGCAGGAGCUGAGGAUGUUGUUGCCGUGUGAAUGAUACAGCUACAGUCUGGAGCUGUCAGAAGCAGCAUUUUUGUGCAGGUGGCUGCUCUGUCUUGGCCAAGGUGGGCCUUCCCUGCCUCUUCGUUGGUGUAACAUCAGAUGGAUUCGUGGUCCUCUCAGGAACUCUCCUUCCUGUUCCCAGUCCCCACGGCCUGGCUGGCUGCACAGCCAGGAGCACACCUGGAAACACAGCACUGUACUUCCAUUCCUUCCCCCUCCUGUAACACACAGCCCUGUUUUCCCCUCUUGCAGUUGCCAAACACUAAAUACCCCACAGAUCUUACACAGCUGUGCUACAACCACCUCUGGAGGUUGUUUUUUCUAGGACUAUCAACUAAGACCAAAGAGCCCCUGGAGAUCUGAACCGCUCUGCGCUGUCUCGUGUCUCUUCCUGCCGAAGGUCUGAACAUGUUAGCCUUGGUCCCAGGGGUGUGAAGUGUGUGUCUGGGAGUGUGUGCACAUGUGUGUGUGCUGUUCUUCCACGUGGUGCAAUCCCUGGUCUUCCUGUUGCUGCUGUGGAAAGAUGAGAGGCCUCUCUUUCCUCCCCUGGCUGCCUCUGGCUGCCAGGCACUGCUGAGCGCAGCUGCGUGGGGCUGCCUGAGCCAGGGCUGCCUCUGCCUUCCAGAACAAUCCUGGAGAUGAGGAGCGAGAGAGGUCAGCUGGCAGCAUCUCUCUGUUCCUGCAGAGGGAGGGCUGAGAGCCGAGGGUGCCCCUCGGACAGACUCUCCUGCUCUGUCCCGGGGUGAAGCCCGCGCUCGCCCCGCUGCUGCGGGAGCCCCUCAAAGGGACCAGCUCCCCGUGCUCUGCCUGGCUGUGAGGGCAGGAUCGGCCUCCCCUCUCGUGCUGAGGGUGAGUUCACCUGGCUGGGGGCGUGGCCAGGUGCACCCCCGGCAUUUGCUGCUCUUCCAAACCCAGAGGCAGCAGAAAAUUCUCUUCACUUGGGUGGCUUUCUGACAUAGUCUGCCCUUUUCUUUUUUUGCUUAAGGCUUCCUACUAGAUGUAGCCUCUUUUUUUUUUUUUUUUUCCUAUUCUCCUCCCACUCAAACUUUUUUUUCAGCUUUCAGUAGACAACGUCUGCAGACUUUGAUUUUUAAACUGAGAGACUGAGAUGGAAAGCUCUGAAGAGAACAGACCUCUCCCUCCCCAUUCACCUUUUGCUGUGGCAGCUAUUUUUUGGUUUUUUUUUACCCUUGUGAGACAGUGCAGCUCUUUUACCUGCCAGUUGCAGUGUGAAAGCAACCAGAUUCCCUGCCUCUGCAGUGGGUUGCUGUUUUUAAUGGCUGCUUUGGUUAAAAAAAAAAGGAAGAUUAAUAAUAAUAGGAGAGAAGGGGAGAGGAAAAUCUUUCUGCCUCUAGCCCCUUUUCCCCUUGCUGUGGGCAGAUUACCUGCUUGUCGCUUGUUAACGAGGAAUUUGUAUUUAUUCAUGAAGGAAAAAAAACACACUGGGGAAGUCAGGAGAAGAUGUUGCUUUAUUGACCUCUGCUGUUUACUUCAACCCCCUCUUUGGGAAAGCUUCUUCCUGCUCUUUCUGGUUAACUCUUUCUAGCCUGGGAUAUGCAGGGAUGCCUCCUUUAUUUUUGUAUUCUAGCAAUGGGCUCUCCGUUAGGAGACUCUAGGAUUCUCUUAGUGUUGCAGUGACCAUUGCUUCUCGCUUUUUUGAGUACUAAAGACGAUCAUCUCAUAAACUUUGCCCCUGCAGUUGUAGAGGUAACACACGAGCCUUACUGCCCUCAUUAGAAGGAGCAGAAAACUUGUUUCUCUGGUCCCUGGAAGAGAAAGGGUUAAGCGAUUAAACAAUUCUUUGUUCUA